AUGUCAUUGCAUCUGUUUUCGGCAGCCUUCAGCUCGAGUGAGAGUGAAUCCGAUGAGGAUGUACCAGUGAAGCCAGUACAACACCGGUUUAUACAACCGCAAAGCGAUAGCGAAGAUGAGAAGCGUGUCGUUCGCAGCGCCAAGGACAAACGGCAAGAAGAGAUGCGCAAUGUCCUACGAAGCCUGAAUAAUCACAAAAAAAUUAAGGAUAUGUCCAAUGUUAUGGCAGACUUCGAGGAAUUGGUUAAAUUAUAUGAGAAGGCUUUAAAGCUGAAUGAAGUUGAAAAGAAUGCCAAGUUCUACAUUCGCUGUCUAACUCAACUGGAGGAUUUCAUCAACGAGUCCUGGGAACAGAAGAAGUCUCUGAGCAAGGCCGCCGCGAAGUCGCUCACCAUAAUGAGACAGCGUGUCAAGAAGUACAAUAAGGACUUUGAAGAAAACGAGGCUGAGCCAGAAUCCAGCGAUGACGAUGACGACGAGGUGGCUUCAACCAAGCCUGCACCUGCCACAACCGCAGCACCUAAAAAGCCUGCCAAGGACUCCGACGAGUCUACUGACGACUUUCCCUCCGAUGACGAGAGUUCAGACUGGAGUUCAGAUGAGGACGAUGAUAUUGCGAACUUUGAUGAUCCCGCCUCCUAUUUCUUGAAGCAAGACCACAGGCCUGGCGCCAAGCCCAACAAGUGUCAGCCUUCUUCCUUUGAAGUAGCCUCAAGAGUGACUGUCGUCUGCGUCUGUGUGACGAAGCGGUUGAUGGUAGAUGGAAGUCCUCGACGGGCCAUCCGAGAAGAGGGUGAGGAGGACGAGGAGGGUGAAUGGCGCACCGUGGAUGCCAGCGGUCGCGCGGAGCCGGCCGUUCAAGCCUUCGAAAAGGGUGUAGAGAUCACCGCGGAGGUGGUCCUUAAGAAACUCUUCGAAAUACUCUCUAAUCGUGGCAAGCGCACCUCCAGCAUACAUGAGCAGGUCAGCUUGCUACAACAAAUCUGCGAGAAGCUAGUAAUUUUGAAGUGUUCUGAUGGGGUCUACUUUAUUUGCUUAACAGAGGAACUCCAGCUCGGCGUAGGACUUCAUGUUAAGGCCAUCUUAUCAACCAUCACUGUCCUCUUUGACUACGAAUCCAAAUCUCCAGCCUUUAUGCCAGUGAAUAAAUUUCAGAGGGUCGUGACUGAGUUCAAUACUCUCUUCGAAAUUCUCAAGGAGAAUCGAAAGGAUGUUACUAUCUCCGAUACAUAUACCGAAGAAACCGAAUCCCUUCUGGUCAAGCCAUAUCGUGUCCAGGGCAAUCUUUUGGCUGCUGUGGGCCGUUUAGAUGACGAAUACUACAAGAUUCUGCAAAAUGCCAACGGUCACGACAAAGAAUACGAUGAAAGGCUACGAGAUGAGCCCAGGAUAUGCGAUCUGUUGGACAAGUUGAUCGAGUACCUGGAGUACAUCGAAGCUCCCCCAGAUGCCCUCUGUAUAGCUUACAUGCGCAGAGUAGAGCAUCUUUACUACAAGUACGACUACGAAUGGGCUCGUCGUGUCGAGGCUGAGGGUGCCGAGGCUGUCGGACCAUGUGCCGCCUAUCCAGUCAUUGAACGCCUGUGUCAGUACAUCUAUAAAAACGAUAAAACUGACAGGUUACGGGCACGCGCAAUCCUCUGUCACAUUUACUUUUUGGCACUCUUUGAUCACUGGUACAAAGCGCGUGAUUUAAUGCUCAUGUCCAAUCUCCAGGCUUCCAUCGAUCAUGCUGAUCAGUCCACAAUGAUCCUAUACAACCGAGCCAUGGUACAGAUGGGUCUGUGUGCAUUCCGUCAGGGUCACAUUCGUGACGCCCACACCACCCUUUCUGACAUCACCGGUUCUGGUAGGAUAAGGGAGCUACUAGCCCAGAGUCUGCAUUUGCAACCACGCUAUGAGCGUACACCAGAAGACGAGAAGAGGGAGAAGGCCCUACAGGUGCCCUAUCACAUGCACAUCAACACCGAACUUGUUGAGUGCAUCUACCUAAUCUCAGCCAUGAUUCAGGAGAUGCCAGCUCUUACAGGUCAGUUCGCCUCGGGUCUGUGCCUAAUUUAUUUCAACUACACCCCGCCUCCGCUUUCAGCUUCACAGGACAAUGAAAAUCGCAGCCGACCCUUCAGCAAGGCCUUCAUGACAGCCCUGAAGAUGCACGAGCGUGCCAUCCUGACUGGACCACCGGAAAGCCCUCGCGAUCAUGUCAUCGCUGCCUCCAAAGCUAUGCGCACCGGCAACUGGAAAGUCUGUCUGAACUUCAUAUUUAAUCCAAAAAUGGAUGCGAAGGUGAGCGGCGAGGGAUGGAGGAGGAGUGUUUCCGUGCAUGAAUCCAUCAGCCUUGCACGACUGGCAGAACACUUUGAGUUGCCCAAGUCUCAGGUCUACUCGAUCAUUAGUAAAAUGAUUAUCAACCAGGAGCUUGCUGGCUCACUAGAAGUCCCUGCUGACUUUCUGACGAUGCACAAGGGUGAGCGCUCCCGGUUGCAGUCCUUGGCUCUGCAACUGGCAGACAAGAUAAACAGCAUUGUCGAUAUGAACGACAAGCUUGUGGAAAACAGAGGUGGCUUAAUUGCCGGAGGAAAGGGUAUGUUGAUAUUCAUGCUCUGCUUUUGUUUUUCUCUUGCAUGCUUUCCUGGGACAAGUAGCUUCCUUUAG